CGUCGACGAAAUUGCCAGUUGAUGCAAAAUUGAUUAAUUAGCGUGGAAGCAAACAUCAUCUUCUUCAUUUUCCUCGAUCUUGCGCUCUCUCUCCCUUUCUCGUGUCUCGUCGACGGGAAAUUGAUAACUGUUCUGCGUGUUUUCCUCUCUUGUGAAGCAACCAUGGCCACCAUCGGCAACAACAACAUCAACGCCAAGCUCGUGUUGCUUGGGGACAUGGGCGCUGGCAAGUCCAGCCUCGUACUCCGCUUCGUUAAGGGGCAAUUUCUGGAAUUCCAGGAGUCGACGAUCGGAGCAGCGUUCUUUUCACAGACACUUGCUUUGAAUGACGCUACGGUUAAGUUUGAGAUCUGGGACACGGCGGGGCAAGAGAGAUACCACAGCCUCGCGCCAAUGUACUACAGAGGAGCUGCAGCGGCCAUCAUCGUCUAUGAUAUCACAAGCAAGGAUUCAUUUGAAAAAGCGAAGAAGUGGGUGCUAGAGCUGCAGAAACAAGGAAAUCCAAGCAUGGUAACUGCGCUUGCAGGAAAUAAGGCUGAUUUAGAAGACAAAAGGAAGGUGACAUUAGAGGAAGCACGUGCAUAUGCUGAUGAAAAUGGCCUUUUCUUCAUGGAAACAUCUGCCAAAACAGCUGUCAAUGUGAAUGAUAUAUUCUAUGAAAUAGCAAGAAGACUACCCCGCGCACAACCAGCUCAAAAUCCAGCAGGAAUGGUUCUUUCAAAUACUCCAGCUGAGCAGUCAAAGGCUUCAGCAUGCUGUUCCUAGGGUUUUUCUUCUACGCUUAUGGCAGAGUUAAAGUUCCUCUCGUCUCUCAACACUGGGAGACGUGAUCGUAAAUGCUAUGUGAAGAAUGAAAAUGGUCAGUUUCUUUCCUUCUUCGUCUGGAUUCUCCAUGAGCGAUAGUGCAAUAUACUUGUCUUCAAACUUCAUUAUGUAAUAAAUUUGUUUGCUAUGAUCAAUCUUUUCUCUAAAUAUAUCCUCUUUUUAUCUAAUGCAUUUCCAUGUUAUCUUCUUGA